AUGCGGUGGUUCAGGAAAGGCGAGCCGCCGCGGCUGCUCGCCGUGUCGCCCGACACCGAAACGCGCUCACCUCGCCGGUCCAGAAUCGAUAUGUCCCCAGUGCGCUACUCAAAUCGAAAAAGCAGCAGCAGCUCGGUGGAAACGAACUUCUACAAUCUAAACGAUCAGAUAAUCAUUGUGGAAAAAUCGCCUCAUCUAUGCCGCGAAAGUGAAACUCCAGUUACUCGCCGUAUAUCAUUACAAAGCGGUCCCACUUCGCCGCAAGAGAGCUAUAGCGCAUGUCGCAAAAACCGCGGCGGUUCUCUGGAGAAAGAGUACAUGGUUUACCGGGAAAAGCGUAAUCCGCUACUCGAUAAAGUGAAGAACACAAAAUUGUCGUGUUUCAAAUCGAACGGUCCCUUGCGACAGGGCGAUGACGCGGCGUCAACUUCUGGUAGCGAUUGCAGUGGAUUCGGCCACGUGGAGGACAUUUCCCACUGCCGGUACGCUGGAAACUACCCGGACACCCACAAUGAGUUUGAAAACCAUAACCCGUGGGUAAAAAUGCCAAAUUAUGAUGACGAAGUCUUUUACGCCAAAAGUGUGACUAGUCCCGGCGAGUGUAAGUGGAGGGAAGGCAAAUCGUUUAGUAAUAGAGGCACUAGAUGUUACAGUUCCGGUUCAGAGUGCGAUCGUUACCAUGCUAUCCCUAAAGCAGGAGCUAAACUGUCUAAAUCUAGUGACCAAAUCUUCAAUGACGAUUACGAGCCUUACGAUGAUCAUUUACCAAUACCACUUAAAACAGAUAAAAAGACUGAUAAAUAUAAGAUAAAAGACGACAAAGACACGAUUGGGCCUAGCUCUUGUCUAUCAGCUAAAUUACGAGCGAUGUCGGAUAGGUACCUUAAGUCAUCUACCAAUAAGUUUUUUUCUAAACUCUAUAAGCAGAGUGGUGAUGAGGAGGAAGCAGUAAACAGUGGCAAUGAUAAUGUUAUAAAGUCGAGUAGCGCUCUUAGCAAGAGUCGUAAAAAAAGAGGUGGAGUCAAAGCGAAAUUGCGAAGUUUUUCUUACGGCGCGCUACCCGGCCUAGAUGAAUUUCAAAAGGGAGAAAGUGCAGUGUUCCAUGAUGAUAUCUACCAUGUGUCAUGUGACGAUGAGAAUGUACUAAUACAGGACUGCGAAGAUGCUGAUUCCGGUAUACUUGUAAAUGAAUCGGCGGCUUCGUCUAUUUUUGACAGUGACAGAAUAUCAUCACGAUGCGAAAGUUCUGCAUCCCAAUCAAAUCCUCAAGCGACGUGUCACGGAAGAAGCGUGUCCGGUGACCAAACUUAUACUAAGGCUAGAAUAUCAGGGCGAAGAGGUAGAGAAAGGAACGAAUGUGCCAAAUCUAAGUCUCGAAAUCAAAGAGCAUUGUCAUUAGACCGUAAGGAAAUAUUACGACGUAUGCCUAAAAAUAACGCUGAUUACAGUGAACCUCAAUUCUUACAACUGACUGAAAAACAGAAGAUGAGACAAAGAGAUGUUAGUCGAGGAGAUUCCGGCAUCCCACCUAUUCCACCUUGUCGUAAACAAAUAAAACCUAACAAUUCUGACAAAUUGCAAUCGGAAUUCAAAGUAGUCAGGAUUGUCAGAAGGAAUCCUACCGAUGAAUUGGGCAUAUUUAUUGCUAAAACCAAGCUUUCUGACGAAGGUCACGUAGGAUAUUUGGUUGCCCAUGUAGUACCAGGAGGACUAGCAGCAAAAGAAGGAACGUUGCGAAUCGGCGAUGAGUUACUUAAUGUAAACGGUCGGAGGCUCCGCGACCUUACCAUGCCUGAAGCGAAAGAAGCCUUGCGUUCCGGGGCAUCUGAAAUAGACAUCGUCAUCUGUAGGCAGCGCGAGAAAUCCUCAGUGGAGUACAGACAACGCGACCCGCCGCAGCGGAGCCAAACGCUGAUGCGCGAGAGCUCCGUUGACUAUGAGAACGCAAUCAUAUUGGGAAAGGAAAGGGCCGCCGAUAAGUAUGACGUCACGAUAGACCGACGACAGCCACAGGACGAAUCCGCGCGUAUACGCGACGCGUUAUCGCCCGACGAGGCGGACAGUGCGGUUGGCGCGCACUCGCACUUCCUGAAGGGCCAGAACGCGAGCUACAGCAGCAUGAACAACAAGCUGCUGCGUCGGCAGGUCGUCAGCUACGGUGGCGGGAACAAGGACCCGCUCGCGCUCAGCUGCGCCGGUGACGUGGACGUGGACUCGCCGGACGGUGGGAGCGGGGCCGACAAGAAUGACGCCGACGGUGAAAUGCAGACGGCGAACGCGGCCAACUUCUGCACGCUGCCGAGGCGGCCGCGCGCGCCCACGCACACCUACCACACGAUCACCUUCGAGAAGGGCCACGGGAAGAAACCGCUCGGUUUCACCAUAGUGGGGGGGCGCGACUCUCCCCGCGGGCCGCUCGGCAUCUUCAUCAAGAGCAUCCUCGCCCAGGGACAGGCCGUCGAGGAUGGCAGAUUGAAAGCAGGUGACGAAGUAUUAGCGGUGAAUGGGCAAGCAUGUCAUGAAUUAGCCCAUAUCGAAGCGUUGGCGCUCUUCAAAGCUGUGCGAAGUGGACCCAUUGAACUCAGAGUUUGUAGGAGAGUAAGAAAUUCAGAGUCAACCAAAGCCAAAUCCUGUACAGACCUACUUAAUGACGACGAU